CCGGGGAGAGACUUCAGACUCCUCCCUCUUUCGGUCUCUACGACACGUUUCUUUCUCUCUCCCUCUCCCCUCGGCUACCAAGGCGUCUCUCUCUUCUCCAAGGAGGCUCUCGAUUUGCAUGGACAAGGGCCACCUCGGUGGUGGCGGAGGAGGAGGAGGACUGCUAGCCCUGGACGCCUCGCCGCGGCAGCUCGGCUUCUUGAACUUGCUAUCGCCGGCGCCGUUCCAUAGGAGCAUGGAGGCGGACGACGGCGGAGGCGGUGGCGGCGGCGGCAGGGGGAGGAGGUCCAUCGAGGUUGACUUCUUCUCCGACGAGAAGAAGAACAUGAAGAAGAGCCGGGCUUCGGCCGGGGCCGACGCGGAGGACCACAAGGAUCAAGCCUCCGCCGCCGGACUCGCCAUCAAGAAGGAGGACCUCACCAUUAACGUACGUCCGUCACCGCUUCUUCACCCAUUCUUCUUCCUUGUUAAAUGGCAAGACUUGGCAGCCGGCACUGCUUGUUUUUCUAUAUAUAUAUAUGUACGGCGAUCUAAUACUUACCUUUCGAUCCUGCAGCUCCUUCCCGGGAACAACACGAGGAGCGACCGGUCCAUGGUGGUCGACGACGACGGAGCGUCCCGGGCCGACCAAGACAGGAACGGCAGGAACACCGGCGAGCUGGCGGUGAUACAGGCCGAGCUGAGCCGCAUGAACGAGGAGAACCAGCGGCUGCGAGGGAUGUUGACCCAGGUCAACAACAGCUACCAUGCGCUGCAGAUGCAUCUCGUCGCGCUCAUGCAGCAAAGGACCCAGAUGCCUCCGGUCCAGCCGCAACAACCUCCGACCCACGAGGAUGGCAAGAACGAGAGUGCCAUCGUGCCGAGGCAGUUCCUGGGUCUGGGCCCGUCGGGAGCCAGCGCUGACGUGGCGGAAGAGCCCUCCAACUCGUCCACGGAGGUCGGGAGCCCGCGGCGGUCGUCGUCCAACGGAAACGAGGACCCUGAGCGCGGCGAAAACCCUGACGGCCCGUCCACCGCGGGGUGGUUGCCCGGACGCGGGAUGAGCCAGCAGCAGCAGCAGCAGCUGGGGGCGGCGGCGAAGGGCCACGACCAGCAAGCGCAGGAGGCCACCAUGAGGAAGGCCCGUGUCUCCGUUCGCGCCCGAUCCGAAGCCCCGAUUAUCGCCGAUGGAUGCCAAUGGAGGAAGUACGGUCAGAAGAUGGCCAAGGGAAACCCUUGCCCACGCGCCUACUACCGGUGCACCAUGGCCACCGGCUGCCCGGUGCGCAAGCAGGUGCAACGAUGCGCCGAGGACCGGACCAUCCUCAUCACCACGUACGAGGGCACGCACAACCACCCGCUCCCGCCGGCCGCCAUGGCCAUGGCGUCUACCACGUCGGCCGCUGCGUCCAUGCUGCUCUCCGGCUCCAUGCCCAGCGCCGACGGCGCGGGGCUCAUGAGCUCCAACUUCCUCGCGCGCACCGUGCUUCCGUGCUCGUCCAGCAUGGCCACCAUCUCGGCGUCCGCGCCGUUCCCGACGGUCACGCUCGACCUCACCCACGCCCCGCCCGGGGCGCCCAACGCCAUGCCGCUAAACGUCGCCCGACCGCAUGCACCGGGGCAGUUCCAUGUUCCGAUGCCCGGCGGUGGGAUGGCCCCGGCCUUCGCGAUGCCGCCGCACAUGCUGUACAACCAGUCCAAGUUCUCUGGGCUGCAGAUGUCCUCCGACUCGGUGGACGCCGGGCAGUUCGCGCAGCCUAGGCCGCCGAUGGGCCUGCCAGGCCAGCUGUCAGACACCGUCAGCGCAGCGGCGGCUGCGAUCACCGCGGACCCAAACUUCACCGUGGCGCUCGCGGCGGCCAUCUCGUCGAUCAUGGCCGGCCAGCACGCCGCCGGCAACAGCAACGCGAACAACAGCAAUAAUAACACCAGUAACAACAACGUGACGACGACCAGUAACAACACGACGAGCAACAACACCAACAGCGAGACUCAAUGAACGGCUUCGUCAAGUUCGGAAAGAGUUGAGAAGCCAGAUAGCUAGGUUGCAAGUUAUACACGGAUGGUGUUCCAUUCUUCUUUGGUCAGGAUUAGCUUCUCGAGACGUUUCUUUGGUUUUGAUACCAAGCAUUAUAUACGAUCACCCUUUUUCUUUCGUGAUUUUGCGGCGGCAAAAAAACAAAGUUGUAUUAGUUCAUUCCUUCCCCUUAGUUCUUUUUCAUCGCCCGCAGCUGUUGAUAUUUCACUGUAAUAAUUAUAACUACAGUAAUAAGUAAAAUAAUGGCGCCUCAGAGAUAUA